UGCACAGAGCUGACCCUACUCAUGAGUCGCAGGCUGGACUCAGCUACUGACCACACUCCUUUAAGGGUUUUUUUGUACUGGAUGGUGAAGCUCUGCCAUUUGCUAAGAAAUACUCUUGCAUUUUGUGUUGAACGUUUCUGAGGACUAAAAAGAUUUAGGAUAUCUCUUGGACAAUGGCAGACAGUGCACAAGGGAAGCAAGGGCAUGAAGAAGAAGAGAAAGAGCAGUUGCAGACUGGUGGAGCACACACAAGCUGUCACUGGAUACUGUGGAAAUAUACUGGGGAUCAGGCAAGCAUCUAUUGGACAGAUCCCCAGAGACGUCCAACUUUCUGCGAGUUGAUCCCCUGAGACCGAACUGAGCGCCAGUUGGCUCAACAACAGAGUGAAGGAAGGGCAGUUGUUUUUAUCAGGGUCCUGAAACAUCGAGUAUGAUGUCCUACAUCAAGCAACCGCACUAUGCCGUGAACGGUUUGACUCUGUCAGCACCCGGGAUGGAUCUACUGCACUCCGCUGUGGGAUACCCAACCACACCUCGUAAGCAGCGUCGAGAGAGAACGACGUUUACUCGCGCGCAACUGGACAUUCUGGAGGCGCUCUUUGCCAAAACGCGCUACCCGGACAUCUUUAUGCGAGAGGAGGUGGCACUGAAGAUUAACCUGCCGGAGUCUCGAGUGCAGGUUUGGUUUAAAAACCGUCGAGCCAAGUGCCGUCAGCAGCAGCAACAAAGCAGUGGCCAAAGCAAACCUCGGCCAACUAAGAAGAAGACAUCGCCUGCCAGAGAAACCAGCUCUGAGACAAGCACAAAUGGGCAAUACAGUCCUCCACCCCCAGCAGGCACCUCAGUUACCCCAAGCUCCACCACCAAUGCCACGGUGUCCAUCUGGAGCCCUGCUUCCAUCUCUCCAAUCCCCGACCCACUGUCUGCUUCCACAACUCCAUGUAUGCAACGCUCUACUGCCUACCCAAUGACCUACAGCCAGGCACCUGCUUACAGCCAGAGCUACGCAAGCUCCACAUCGUAUUUCAGUGGCCUCGAUUGCAGCUCGUACCUCUCCCCCAUGCACCCGCAGCUCUCUGCACCAGGGGCAACCCUCAGCCCAAUCACUACUCCAACCAUGGGCAGCCACCUGAGCCAAUCCCCAGCAUCUCUGUCCACCCAAGGCUAUGGCACUGCUGGCCUUGGCUUCAGUUCAGUGGACUGCCUGGAUUACAAGGACCAGUCAGCCUCCUGGAAGCUGAACUUCAAUGCCACUGAUUGCCUGGAUUACAAAGACCAGAAUUCGUGGAAGUUCCAAGUUUUGUAGAAGGAAAUGCUAAUACUGACCACCAGUGAAUGCCAUGCUUUAGUGCCCCUCUCUGGUUUGGUGGACUGGACCAUGAAAAAAAAAAGAUGUCAAAAUGAAAAUAUUAGAUAACGGUUUGUGAGAGUGGAAGUGAUCAAUGCUGAUAGAAUGGACUUUCUUCUGGAGAGAGAGAGAGUUUGAUUAAACUUUGGGGAAGUUGCUUGGAUUUUUAUCUGAACUUAUUUCAAAGAUUCUAAUUUGGCAAAAAAAAAAAAACAACAUUAAAAAAGGUUAGGGUGAGGCCAUCCUGUGAACUGCAAGGCAACCUAUUCAUCCUGACAAGACCCUGGUGGUUACCUGAGCACAAGGCCACAAGCCCACCACAGCAAUGAAGAACUCUCACAAUGGAAGAUAUCACCCCAGCUUUCUCAGCUCUCUCAAGCAGUGGCUCAAGGAGUGUUUGCUUCCCCUCAGCCUGUCUGCUCCUACAUUAUCACUCCAGGACCCCAGGAUGUGUGAUGCGGCCCCCUGAGUCCAGAGGCGAAGGCCCAUCUUCUCCUGUGCCAGAAAGGUCCUUAAGACCUCUCUCUAUAUGCCUGACCGUGGUAACCCUGACACGCCAUGUUUCGCACAUUCUGUAAAAGUAGACCUUUAUAUGUGUGGCAAAUGUAAUGAUUAUCAAAAAUGUUAAUAUUACUUGUUAAAGUCUAGAUUUUAAGUUAUUUCAUGUUUCCUUAAAUGUGAGUCUUAAAGCGAAUCUUGUGAUGACCACUGAAGGAUCUGUAAAUAGCGAAUCAUUACUUGAACUGCAAUAAGGCAACAAGUCUCAGAGCCAUAUGGCUGGACUCUCAAAUAAAUUAUACCUGAAAAUAUUUUUAGAAGAUGCCAAUAAUUAUUAUUUUUUUGAACAUUUUAAAAGCUCAGGGGUUAAAAAAAAAAGUAAUUAAUCAGUCUGUGGGAGUGAACCGUCGCCUUUGUUUUGUUUUGUUGUAGCGCCAUCCUUCUUGCCUGUGAAAUUUAAAAUUUAGGACCAAUGCUGAUUUCUAAACAUUAUUAAAAGAAACAGAAAAA